UCUCUUUUUUUUUCUUUUUUCUUUUCUCCUUGAUUACGAUUAUUAUUAUUAUUAUUAUUACUAUUAUUACUAUUAUUAUACAACCAUGGCUCUUGUUAACCUUUUAAAUAUUCAAGUCUUGGAUAACCCUACUAGUUUUACAAACCCUUUUCAAUUUGAAAUCACUUUUGAAUGCAACUCUCCUCUUGAAGAUGACCUCGAAUGGCGAAUGAUCUAUGUUGGUGCUGCUGAAAGUUCAGAAUAUGACCAAGUGCUUGAUUCUAUCAUGGUGGGUCCUGUUCCUGUGGGUGUCAAUAAAUUCAUUUUUGCUGCAGAUGCUCCUAAAAUUGAACUUUUACCAAAGAAAGACUUGUUGGAGGUCACUGUUGUUUUGUUGAGCUGUCUUUACAAGGAUCAAGAAUUUGUCCGUGUUGGUUAUUAUGUCAACAAUGAAUACAAGGAUGAAGCAUUACGCGAAAAUCCCCCUGAACAAGUGAUUGUCGAUAAAUUGCAAAGAAACAUCUUGGCUGAUAAACCCAAGGUGACAAGAUACACAAUCAAGUGGGGAGGAAACCCUAAUGAAACUUCUUCUCAGCCUGUUAAUGAGCAAUCUUCUGCUAUGGAUCAGGAUAUGAUGGUUCAAUAAACUUAUAAAAUAUGACAAAAUGUAAAAUAAACU